GAGUUAAUUUUCUGUGGCUCAACAGAAUCAGACCUAAUAUUAGUCGACCUCUGUGUUCUGUGUCGGCCCCUUCAUUUGUCUUCGCCCCAGCUUCUGCGAGUUUUAUAUUUUUCCCCUCUUGCGGGGUUUUAUAUACUCCACAGAUUCGGGAACAGGCGAGAAAUCUCAAAGCUGCGAUCAAAAGGUUAUUGGAGAGGUGAGAUAUAGUAUAUAUAUUAUAACGAGAAUGGUUAAAGAGCAAGUGGAAUCGAAGGGUGUGCAGAAUUUGUGGAUAGAAUCGGAUUCGGAUAAAUCUUCAGGUGUUAAAUUUGAUGGAAGUUGUGUUUCACUUAUUUCGGAUCCCGUGUUGGGCACACAGGGGAGUGGGGAACUAUCUAUGCCUCAGCAUAAGGAGGUUCUCAAUGAUAAAAGUAGUUCUGGUGGGAAUUUAGGGUUGACAGAGAGAGCUUUCUCUGCUGCCGGGGCUGCUUUUCUUUCUGCGAUUAUUGUUAACCCACUUGACUUGGCCAAGACAAGACUACAAGCACAGGCUGCUGGAGUUCAAUACUCGCAUCCACUGAGCAAUCUUACAAGCCGUAUGGCUUUUUCUGGACCAAACAUGAUGUUUGCAGACUUAAGAUGUUCAACGUCAUGCACCCGUGCUGGGGUUCAUGGUACUGUAUCCAUUUGCCCUCCGGACUGUUUCCAGUACAAAGGAACACUUGAUGUCUUCUACAAGAUUAUUCGCCAGGAAGGAAUUUCAAGACUAUGGAGAGGAACAAAUGCAGGUCUAGCACUGGCUGUACCAACUGUUGGAAUCUACUUGCCUUGCUACGACAUUUUCCGUAAUUACUUGGAAGAUUUCACAUCCAAAAAUGCUCCAAUAAUGACACCGUAUACUCCUCUAGUGGCUGGUUCAUUGGCUCGCUCAUUAGCAUGCAUAAGUUGCUAUCCUAUAGAACUUGCUAAAACUCGAAUGCAGGCGUUUAAAGAGAUUAAUCGCAGUUCGAAGCCUCCUGGGGUUUGGAAGACUCUUAUUGAGGUCAUAUCCAGUGUGAAGAGCACAAACAAUCUUCAAAGCUUGCAGAACUAUCGUGCGCUCUGGACAGGUCUCGGUGCUCAACUUGCUCGUGAUGUACCUUUUUCUGCCAUCUGCUGGGGCACCCUUGAACCAACCAGAAGGAGACUCUUAAGGGUAGUUGGUGAGAAUUCCAGCGCAAUCGGUGUCCUUGGGGCAAACUUCUCUGCCGGGUUUGUUGCAGGAAGUCUUGCUGCAGCUGCUACGUGUCCACUCGAUGUUGCAAAAACGAGAAGGCAAAUAGAGAUGGACCCUACCAGAGCAUUGAGGAUGACUACAAGACAAACUCUUAUGGAGGUUUGGAGGGAUGGAGGAAUGAGGGGGCUUUUCACCGGUGUUGGUCCCCGUGUUGGUCGGGCUGGUCCAUCUGUCGGAAUUGUAAUUUCCUUUUAUGAAGUUGUAAAAUAUUGCCUACAUCAUCACUAUGCAACCUAGUGAAUUAUAUGAAGCCGUUUAUCCAAUUUUACUAAUCUAAAUGAGCCGUCUUGCCUUCACCUCCGUGAAAGAGGAUUAUGUAUACAGUAGUUUACAGAUGGAAAGCAAUUUUGGUCACGCUAGUAUAGGCGCUCUCCUAAAGUCCUGCUAACACCAAGAUCUACGCCCUUUUUGCAUCCAGUUUUGGAUGUUUAGAUGUAAGUAAAGAACAGAUUUUGUAGAAUUUGGUUUAUUCAUUUUGUAGACACUUUUGUCGGGUUGAUCU